CGCUGCUGAAUGUGUACGUAACGCGCAACGGGCGCGUCACCGCUCCUGAGCGACAAGAUGGCGGCGUCCACCGGAUCAGGCAUCAAAGUUCCACGUAACUUCCGGCUGCUGGAGGAGCUGGAGGAGGGGCAGAAGGGCGUCGGCGAUGGGACGGUGAGUUGGGGUUUAGAGGACGACGACGACAUGACGCUCACACGCUGGAGAGGAAUGAUCAUCGGCCCGCCCCGGACGAUCUACGAGAACAGGAUAUACAGCCUGAGGGUGGAGUGUGGACCUCGGUAUCCAGAAACGCCGCCACUCGUCCGAUUCGUCACCAAAAUCAACCUGAAUGGUGUCCACAACUCCAACGGUGUGGUGGACGUGCGCGCCGUCUCGUCUCUGGCCAAGUGGCAGAACUCAUACAGCAUCCGUGUGGUUCUGCAGGAGCUGCGCAGACUCAUGAUGUGCAAAGAGAACAUGAAGCUGCCGCAGCCACCCGAGGGCCAAAUCUACAGCGUCUAAACACACUCGUGCGCGCGCACACACACACACACACACACACACACACACACACACACACACACACACACACUCAUGUUCCUUUCCAAGACUCUCAUCAUUCCCUUAUUUUAUAUUGCAAGGCUCCACCCCCCACCCCCACCCCUUCACCAGAGCAGCCAAUCUGCAGCCCUCAUCACUCAGAAAAUCACGGACGCAUCGUUAUGACGCAUCAUACAGAUCAUCUUACUGAUCGUCUUGUUCUUUUGUUUUUUAAUCUUUAUUUGUUAUACAUGCAAAUUGUAAAAUAACAUAAAUUAUCUUAUUGAAUGUA